AUGAAGAGCAUUGGCCUCCUUAUCUUCGUUGCUAUUGCGACUGCCAGCCCAUCUCCAUGGCGUCACUACGACCAUAAACAUCACCACCUUCACAAUAAGAAUGGUCUGUCGACAACAUCCGCCUAUUCUACGUCGACCAUCGCCUCUGGAACCAGCACAUCACCAUCUGCCUCAUCAUACCCAACUGUCUCUACUGGAUCCACUUACUCCAGUGUCUCGGCCCCCAUUCCAUCCGGGACAUCUUCUCGCUUCUCAGCCACAGGGACAGCAGCUGGUACUGGUACCCAGGCUUCUGGUAGCUUGAGACCAACCGCAAGCGAGAAUAGCACCACCGUCGUUGCUGGCUCGGGCUUGGCCCCGAGAUUGAGCACGAGUGCACCUGCAAGCACAUCCGCGCCCGCUGUAUCUGGAACCCCUUGUGCAGACUUCCUACGAGGCGUCAACAUCGGAGGCUGGCUUCUCCUUGACUCAGUGCUUAACGCGAAGCUUCUCAGCGGACUUGAUGCUAAGGACCAAUGGACCUUUGACUCUGCGCCUGGCGCUGUUGCGGCGCUCACCAGCCAUUGGGACUCUUACUUCACGGAAGCGGACAUCGCAUCUCUGAAAUCAUAUGGUGUCAACGCAAUCAAGAUUCCUAUCGGCUACUGGGCCUGGGACAAUUCUGGCACACCCUACAAGAAGGGCGCGGAUGCAUAUCUCGAAAAAGCAGUCGGUUGGGCCUCAGCAGCUGGCAUGAAAGUCUGGAUUGACGUCAGCAACACGGACAGCACAGGCACCACAUCGGCCGAAGUCUCACCCGACGAGCUCCUCUCUCACUCCCUCAGUAUCCUUACCCUCAUCGCCACAAAAUACGGCUCCACAACCUAUGCCAGCACCGUCGUCGGCAUCGAAAUCUUCUCCGGCCCCAUUGGUUCCACAGCCACCGACCAGUCCUUCGCCUCAAAAGCUUAUGACGCAGUCCAUCAAGCUGCCUCAAAUCCGAACCUCCAAGUCAUCAUGCCCGACGCCGCCUCCGCCCCGGCGGACUGGGCUCCGACCGCCCAAUCCAUCUCGCCCACGAAAGGCAUGUUCAGCGUCGCAGAAAGCAUGUCCGAGCUCACCUGCCCGUGCGAGCAGGCUGAGACGCAGGCCGAACAUAUUCAGACGGCUUGCGAGCGUGGAUAUGCCAUGGCGGGCAUCAACCAUGACCAAAUCUCGAUCUAUGUGGGUGAAUUCAACCCUGCGACGAAUGCAACGAUGAACGUAGAGGGGUGGACUGACGAUGUUAUCACUGAUGUGAGGAAGUACGUCGAGGCCCAAUUGGAGGUCUUCGAAGCAUACACAAGUGGGUUCUUCUUCUGGAGCUGGGGGCAGGAUUCAGAAGCCGUUGCAGGUGCUGGAUGGGGCUUCAAGGAUGGCAUUGAAAAAGGAUAUAUUCCCAACCCGCUGAAUGAUCCUGCCCAGAGAAAAUAUCCGGGCCAAUGUGACGCUUGA